UGUACAUUUUGAGUCCUCAAGGGUCUAAAUGACAGCUAAAUUGACUCUCAAGUCAACCAAAUCAAUCAGAAUCUCCAAAAAUAAUCCAACGGCCUAUAAUCCACCCUACACACCAAACAAACUCUCUGAGCGCCUACACGAUAAAAUACCCCAGAAUAAAAGAUCAAAGCAUUUUUAUGAAGGUUUUACUUGACUAGCUACCCACCAUCAUCAAAGUUUCAUAGAAUGUGAACUUUACAAACUCUUCUUUUUCCAUUUUUACAAUUUCCCAUGAUCCAAAAUCUUGUCUUUUUCACUCAACACUUCAAGAUUCACCAUGUUUUUGAGUGUUCUUUGUAUAUAUUCCAAAGUUAAAAGGCAUAAUCUUUUGUUCUCUUAUGUUUGACUAGCAAGAAAUUUGGACCCAAGUUUCCUUUUUGCCAAUUUUUAUAGUUAAUUAUGCUUGUUUUACUUGUUGGGUUGUUGUCAAGAAAAACCCUUCCAAGUUAUAUGGGGUUUUGUGAGUCCUAACCCUUGAGUUAUUUGAGUUUGGUGUGUUAUUUGUUGUAGAUCUUUGUAAGGGGGUGUUUGUUUUGAGCUUUUCGAGACACCCAUUGUUUGUUUGAGUUGUUAGAAGCUAAAUUUAUGGUGGGGUUUGAGAGUAGGUUACCAAGAUUGUGUCUUUGAUGAAGUGAUUGUUGUUUCGAGGUUGUUUUGAGGUAAGUUUGGGGGUUUAGUUUAGUUUAGGUAAGAAGGAGGGGGGGGGGGGGGUUAUAGUGCUUUAAGUUUGCAAGUUAGGGUUUCUGUGAGGCUGGAUAUGGUGGUUUAGAGUUGAAAAGAUCUAAGUUUGGGGUACUAUAUAAGAUGGGUAGUAGCAUUGAUCAUUGUUUUGUGGAGUGGAAGGAGCAAUUUGUUUCUAAGGAGAGGGGGCACAGGGUAGUUCAUUAUUUCUUGAAGGAUGUUUCAGGGGAAUCUAUUCUUGCUGUUGUGGGAACUGAAAGGAGUGUUAGGCAUAUGUUCUAUGUCGUUUCCGACGAGUUCUUGGAAGCUUAUGCAGCUGAGGACUCUGUCUAUUCUGGUUUCAGAUGGAGGUCAAGGAGAGAAGUGGUGAAUUGGCUCACAUCUAUGCUAUCAAAACAACACUUACAAAGUGAUUUUUCAAAAUCACCAAAAGAUGAUCAUAUGUCUCCAUUCAGUGUCCAAUCAACCGAUGUGGCAAGUAACAAGGGUUCUAUACCAAGAAACUUGAGAGUUCAGUCCUCUGACAUAGUCUGGUCAGGUGAACCAUGGAUAUGUAGUAAACAGCUCAAACAUUACCCAACAUUUUGCCGGAAUGGAAUCACAAUUGCAGUACAUGCAUUCGUCUUUGUUAUGGCUGAAAAGGAAAAUCAAUAUGUUGCAUAUCUUGAAGAUAUGUAUGAGGAUCGGAAGGGCCAGAAAAAAGUCAAAGUGAGAUGGUUCCACUUUAAUAGGGAAGUCAGAGGGGUUGUUUCUUUAAGAAAUCCUCAUCCUAGAGAGGUUUUCAUCACUCCUUAUGCUCAGGUCAUUAGCGCAGAGUGUAUUGAUGGUCCGGCCAUUGUCUUAACUCGGGAACAUUAUGAGAAAUGUGUAGCUGUUUUCCCAAAUGACUUGCUAACAAGAGUACAUUUUUGCUUCAGACAAUUUAAGGGCAACAGAGUAAAACCUUUUGAAUUAGGUAAAUUGCGCGGGUACCUUGAUCAAUCAAUUUUCUCAUGUUUCAGUCCAGAUUUCUUUGAAGAUGAAGAAUUUAGUGCAAAGGAUGACGUAAAAGUUGGAGCGAAAAGGCCAAGAAGGAAAUAUAAGGAAUAUCAGAUGACAGCAUAUGAAGAGUCUUACAAGAGGUUCAAAAAUGGUUUCUUAAGUAGGAGAUUUAACUCCAAUAGGGAUGUUGGACGCGUGCUCUGGCAUACUCCUAAGUUUGCGGUUAAUGAUAAGAUAGAAUGUCUGAGCCAAGAUAGUGGGAUCCGAGGCUGCUGGUUCAGAUGCACAAUUAUGGAAAUAUCCCGGAGACAGAUGAAGAUAAGGUAUGAUGAUAUUGAGGAUGAAGAUGGAUGCGGAAACCUUGAGGAAUGGAUCCCCACAUUUAGACUAGCCAGACCUGAUAAACUUGGAAUGAGGAACUCAAACCGUCCGACAAUCAGGCCUUCCCGUCCUUGUGAUCUGGAAGAUCUCGUCUUUGAUGUGGGAGCACCUAUUGAUGCCUGGUGGAGUGAUGGUUGGUGGGAGGGAAUAAUUGUCGAUGCAGACAAAUCAGAAAAGGAAACCUAUCGAGUUUAUGUUCCUGGUGAGAGGAUGUUCUUGAAUAUGGAUAGAAAGAAUCUAAGAAUCUCAAGGGAUUGGGUGGGAGAUCGAUGGGUAGAUAUCGAAACAAACAGGGAUAUUCUUUCAAUGAUAUCUUUGAUCCAAGAAACCAAAGUUUCUGUAUCAUCAAGUAUUACUUCAGAGCGCCAGCGUGCUAAUCCUAUGGAUCAUAAAAUUCUUGGAAGUAGUGUGGAUGAAGAAGCCGCCCGUGAUUUUGCAGAAGUAAGACCAAUUGAUCACCAUUCAAAACAUUCAACCAGUGUCAAUGAUGAGAAGCAAGAUGACGACAUUACAGAAAAGCAACUAACUGAUAACUCCUCUAGAGAUAUAGACUUGACCAAGGACGAGAAGCAUGCAACUGAAAAUAAAGUCAAUGAGAAUGAUUGUAAUAACAGCAGCAGCAGUGGCAGCGACAAGCAUGACUUAGACUGCCACCUUAGCGAUGAUAAUGAUUCUUACAACACGGACAUUGACAACGAAAUUAACAAGGAUAGCAACGGGGAAAAAUCAUCAGAACCUGAGAUUGAUGGGAAAAAACGCGACACAGAAGUAAUGGAUCUGGUGGCGUGAUGUUUUACCACCAAAACUGAUGCCACUUUGUUGCAAGUAUACCCGAUGCAGUUCAACUGUACAUACAGAUGGAGAUUGAAUGAGGUUUGCUUGUAGUAUUAGGUGUACAGAGUCGUCAUUAGUUUUUUCUAUUCGCAACUUUGUUAGAAUCUGGAGAUGCUCUAGCAAUUAGAAACUCUCUGAUGACUAGGAGACGAUAUCUGUAACGUGGAUCUUAGUAUCACUAUCGAGACAUUGUUUUGCAAGUGCGUUGCACACGAUGUAAUAUACGCUUACAUACUAAGAUUCUUGCAUGCUGAAAAUCCAUUGUUUUAAGGUGGAAUCAUUGUGACACA